AACGAUUGGUCAUUAUCUAAAAUAAAAUGUAAGUUUAUAUACUUUUUACCACAAAUGCUUAUCUUGCAGUAGCACUGCAAUGCACGUCCAUGACUUCAUGCAUUGCUUAAUCACACUGGAAAGGUCAUGCAUGGUUAGUUCUUUGUCUUUGUACUUCUGUUCAAAAAGGUAGGGUAGGGCGAAAAACUAAUUUUCUCCUCCAACUUCAAAAUAAUCUGACAUUGUUUUACCUUUUUUGUAAAGGGCGUUUGACUUUCUUUACAGGUCCUCUUUCAGUGUUGCCAAGUCCGCGGUUUUCCCACGGAAUUGGGCUACUUUAACACUGUUGCUGGGGGUUGUUUUUGAUGUCUGCAGACUGAAGCGACCCCAAUAAUGUCAUAUUUAGCCCCUGAAAUACGAAUUUGCCGGGGGUUCCCGACAAAAAAAAAAAAACAUGUAUUUUAUCCCCUGGAACGUUAUUUUUAACGGGGACCCCCUUCGAAAUGCAACUGGGCUAGUUUUGAGUAGCAAUUGGGCGGGUUUUGUUGUGAAAACCUGGCAACCCUGUCCGCUUUAUAAACACUGGGUCGGUACUUAUGCUGCGUUCACGCCAUAUCGUAAUUACCGUAAUUUCGAGGUGACAACAUGUGACGUUCUACUCUGAGCCGUUCACGUCCUCAGACUCGGAAUUAUGCUUUUCUAUGGCAACAUUAUCAACUCCAGACAGAGCAUACGUUGGUCAGGUGGUAAAGCGGUCAUGUGGUACAAGUCGUAGUUCUCAGAAGACUCCCAGUUCACAAGUUGUUAUUACGAGUUCUACGAGGACGUGAACACUUUUUACAAGUUGUAAUCUCGUAAUUACGGGAAUUUCGAUAUGGCGUGAAGGCACCUUAGGAUCUACAUAACGUGUGACUUUCCAGCGUUAUUUUGUAAUGCGUAUGCGAGCUAGUGCAAGACAAGCAAUUGCGGUUAAAAAAAAGUAAUAAUAUCCUUUUUGUUUGAGAAAAUGACCGAUCGUUUCGAUAGAUUAGACCCUUAUUUCUCAGCUGGGAUCGUUUAAAGCCCUUUAGAACUGCACUGAAACUUAAAUUUGGACCUUCACAUUUCUUAGUGACUUAAGAAAAAAAGACAUGAACAUCUUUGAUGACAUGGGGAGUGGUAAUUGGUUUCAUGGGAACUGACUGUGGCAUAUUACCAAAGUCUGCAGCCUGGCAUUGAAGUUCAGAGAUCUGAGCAAUGUCCUCCCAGCCAGAUAAUUUAAUACUGCCCUCGGGUCACAACUUCAGCAUGGACUACUUUUCCCUGGACGUUCAACUGAAAAUCAUCUGCCUGGGCUUUGUCUUCUACGCCUUUGUCUUCUUCCUCUCUCACAUCGGAUCUAAACUGCUGUUUUGCACCUUCCGCUCACUGUCAGACAAAGAAAAGGUCUUCUGGGAUUUGGCUGCGACGCGGGCUGUGUUUGGCAUCCAGAGCACGGUGGCAGGGCUUCGGGCGCUCAUGGAGGACUCUGCCGUCUACUCUGAUAAAAUUAAAGGGCAGGAGGACUGGUCCUGGUUCAACAUUCUGACUGCUACAGGCUUCUUCCUGUUUGAAAACACGGCCCUUCAUGCGUCCAAUGUGGCAUUCCGGUCUUUCGACUUUCCGUUAGCCUUGCAUCACUUCUUCGCCCUUUCAGGGUUUGCCGGGGCGGUUGUGUGGAACUCGUUGGGGCAUUUCCUUCCUAUGGUGACUUUGCUGCUGGAGAUGAGCACACCUUUCACCUGCGUCUCCUGGAUGCUGCUUAAGGCGGGCUGGUCUAAGACUCUAUUCUGGAAAGCUAACCAGUGGGUGAUGAUUCACAUGUUUCACUGCCGGAUGGUUGUGUCUUACUACAUGUGGUGGGUGAGUUGGAAUCACUGGGAGGAGAUGAACACCCACAUCCCAUUGAUUCAGAGGCUGCUGUUCUUCAUAGGCCUCUUCCUGCUCACCUUCUUCCUCAACCCCAUUUGGACGCAUAAGAAAACCCUGCAGCUUCUCAAUCCUGUGGAUUGGAAUUUUGGCAACAAUCCUGCACCAGAGAAUGGACCAACCCGAGACCAGACUCGACACAAGCCCCAUGCCAGCUGAUCGACGCUUUAUAGGAUAUAUACACAGUCUGGAAUAGAUACAAUCUGCUAUACAAAGCAGAAGGGAGGAGGGAGAUAUUAGUCAAAUUCGUACAGUUUUAGUGAGUAUUAUUUAAUUAAAGGAGUCAUCGGAUGCAAAGUUCUCUUUUAUAUGUUGUUUGAACAUUAAUGUGUGUUGGCAGUGUAUGUACAAAUCUACCCUAUAAUGAUAAAAAUCCAUGCAGUGGUUUUUAAUUAAUCUGUAAAAAUAAUAUCCCUUUUUUCAAAUCAAGCCAUUUUUAAUGAAUCUUUGCAAUCGCCUUUCCUAUUAACGUGUUAGUUAGCAAGUUUAGCAGCUAAAUGCGGCUAACGUAAACAGGCUUGUCACUCCACAGAGAGAAGAGAGGGGUGGGGCGAGCAGAGCUCAUUAACAUUUAAAGCAAACUUGACCAGACUGAGAUGAUUUUUGCAGAGCUGAUUUUGGCAAGGUAAAAAGGGUGUUGUUUUACUACCAUUGAAAUUUUUAAGCAAAGUAUAUUAUAGACUUUUCUUUAAGACCCUGAAGAAUCAUAUCAACUUGUGGAAAAUGGGCUUCUGAUGACCCCUUUAAGGUUUGUUUAAGAGCUUUAGGUUUAGCACUAACAACUACUACUUGCUAUAAUGUGAGCACACAUAUUGCACAACUAGUAAAAUGUUUGUAUUAAAAAUUCAUUCACCCAAAAAUGUAAACACUGUUGUCCUUUACACACCCUCAUGUUUUUCCAAACCUACAUGACUCAGUGUCUCCUGUGGGAGUGUUUUUGUCUAUAAGCUAAAAGUCAGUGAGUACUCAUGACUUUCAUUAUACGUACCAAAAGGCAUUUGUGACCAUGGACCACAAAACCAGUCAUAAGAAUCAGUUUUUUGAAAUUGAGAUUUAUACAUUCAUUGAUGUAUAGUUUGUUAGGAUAGGACAGUAUUUGACUGAGAUACAACUAUUUGAAAAUCUGAAAUCUGAGAGUGCACAAAGUUCAAAUAUUGAGAAAAUCACCUUUAAAGUUGUCCAAAUGAACUUCUGAGCAAUUACUAAUCACAAGUUUUAAUAUAUUUACAGGAGGACAUUUACAAAAUAUCUUCAUGGAACAUGAUCUUUACUUAAUAUCCUAAUGAUUUUUGGCAUAAAAGAAAAAUCGAUAAUUUUGACCCGUACAAUUUAUUGUUGGUUAUUGCUACAAAUAUACCCAUGCUACUUAUGACUGGUUUUGUGGUGCAGGGUCAUGUUUAUUUAUAUUAUCUAUUGUAUUAUCUAUUUAUAAAUAUUAUCUAUUGUUUUUCACUGAAUAAAGAAAGACCGGUUUGGAGUGACAUGAGGGUGAGUAAAUGAUGAUGAGUUUCUAUUUUAGGUGAACUAUCUCUUCAAGUGGUUAUAUCUGUAUAAUAUUUGGCUUUUAAAAACAAAGUCUGAUGCAUGUUUCAGGAAAACUUCUUUGGGCUUGCAAACAUCAUGAGAUCUGUUUUAUGCAACCUGCUUUGAACUUCCUGUUGAGUCGAGGGCGUCCUGAAACAGCCUUUCAUGUGUGUUUGAAUGUUUUGGGAGUGGUUGUUUGAGUCUCAUUUCUCUUUGUACAUUGACAGUCCAUGCAGCACAGUGUCUCUAAAACUGUGAGAUCCUUGUCUUUAUCUUAAGGUUUUAUCUGAUAGGCUCAUAUUUGUUAUUCCCGGUAAUUUUUUUUGUCUUGUGAUAAAGAAGGCCCUGACUGCAUCAUGACCAAGCUUGGUCUGUCAACUUAACCACACUCUACUUCACUAAAUGUCACUCUGUCUGCUUUGGAAACUUCAGCUCAAAGCUUUUUUUUUUUUUUUUGGUUUUAAGAAGGAUUUUUGUUUUACAGAUGCUUCACAUUGAUGUUCAAUGGCUGUAGGCAGUGUUUUGUGAGUUUUUGUAGAUGUUUGACUAAACUCUUUGUGUACCAUAUGAAUAGGGCUUGUUCUGAUAGAAACUGACUUAUCUCUGUAGAAAGGAAUGUGUGUGUGUGUGUGUGUGUGUGUGUGUGUGUGUGUGUGUGUGUGUGUGUGUGUGUGUGUGCCAGGGAGGAAUAAGAGAUGGCAAGGAAGUUGUUUUAUUUGACAAUAUAUUGUUUCAUGUUGAGGACUAGAUAUUGAGGACUACAGUUCCUCUAUGUUUGUGUACUCAAUACUUCCUCUUUUGUCAUACUUUAUAUAGAUUCUUCAGAAGUUUAAAAAAGCAAAUGGGAAAAGGAACAUUAAUGGUAUAUUGAAAGCAAAUACACCACAAUACAAAACUUUACAGUGCCAAAUUAAUCUGCACAUCAAUGGGGUAA